AAAUGGGCACGACACAGAGCAUCUCAGAGCCCCCAAAGUCCCCAAAAUCAUAUAAAGGGAGACCUUGGUGUCUAACACAUCCUCACCACAUAGAACUACUAGCUAGAAGUGGUUUCCUGCUAGUGAUCUAACAAUGGUGCUCAAGCUGCAUGGACUUUCUGUGUCGACCAACACAGCUCGUGUAGUGGCUUGUCUACAUGAGAAAGAUGUCGAUUUCGAGCUUGUUCCGAUUGAUCUUUUUGCCCGUGGAAACAAGGAGCCUUCUUUUCUUGCUAAGAAUCCCUUUGGCCAGAUUCCGGUAUUAGAAGAUGAUGACAUCACUCUUUUUGAAUCUAGGGCAAUCUCAUCCUACAUAGCAGAAAAAUUCAAGGAUACCGGUACUGAUCUCGUAAGGCACGAAAACAUCGGUGAAGCUGCGUUGGUGAAGGUUUGGACAGAAGUUGAGUCCCAACAAUACCACCCAGCAAUCUGUCCCAUUAUAUACGAGUUUUUCGGAAAGCCAGUACAAGGAUUGGAGCCAGACCAAGCAGUGAUUGAUGCCAAUUUGGAGAAGCUAGAGAAGGUGCUCGAUGUUUAUGAGGCCAAGCUGAGCAGCAGCAAGUACCUUGCUGGUGAUUUCUACAGCCUAGCUGAUCUUCACCAUUUUCCUUACACUUUUUAUUUUAUGAAGACUCCUUUAGGCUCAGCGAUCAGUGAUCGUCCUCAUGUUAAGGCCUGGUGGGAUGACAUGACAUCUAGGCCAGCUUUGAAGAAAGUUGCUGAGGGUAUGACUUUCGGUGAGAAUAAGUGAAGGAAAUUAAGAAGUUGAUUUUGAGUUCUUCUAUAUAUGUAUUGGAUGGAUGACAGCUUUGGAGGCAAAUCAGUAUGAAUUGCUCUAUAUCUUAUUGUAUGAUUCGUAUCCAAACAGUUUUGAUUUUAAAUGUUGAUGCCUUUCAUCUUUUUGUUGAACA